UUUUUUACUCUCUUUCGAAGUUCAAGGUGUUUUAAAAAAAAAAAGUUGGGAUAUCUGUCUAUAAAUUUGGUCGUGGAAUCAUUAAUUUUUUUUGCUGUAGAAGUUCUAUGAUGAGAUAGUGAUUUUUUUGAAAACAAAGGUUUUUUGCCAGACAUGCCUCACACUGGUCAAGCUGGUGUUAAUCAACUGGGAGGAGUGUUCGUAAACGGCCGUCCGUUACCCGAUUGCGUGAGGAGGAGGAUAGUGGAGCUGGCCUUACUCGGAGUAAGACCCUGCGACAUUUCCAGACAACUGCUCGUAUCCCACGGGUGCGUUUCCAAAAUUUUAACGAGAUUUUACGAAACCGGCAGCAUAAGACCCGGCAGUAUUGGCGGAUCGAAAACCAAGCAAGUGGCGACGCCGACAGUAGUGAAAAAAAUCCUGCGAUUCAAGCAGGAAAAUCCGGGAAUGUUCGCGUGGGAAAUCCGGGAACAGUUGAUCUCGCAGCGGGUGUGCGAGCCGCACAAUAUCCCGUCAGUCAGUUCGGUAAACAGGAUUUUGAGGAACAGCGGAGUUUGGACGGAUCAGGAGUUGAUGUCGGGACAUGGCCCUAGGAGCUCACAUGGAUCAGAUCCGACCAUCCGUGCCACGGACUUCUACCCCAAACAUCCCUCCACCACCCUCUCGUACUUCUCGCCGAGCAGCGAACCCUCAUCCUACCCACCGACCACCCGUUUACCCUCCUUACACCACCAACUGCACGUGGUCACCAGCAGUCCUGCAGCAGAUGUUCCACCAACCCCCACCGCCUGGGGAGGUUUCGGCAACCUGGUUAUCCCUUACCAACCUGUGGGAGAAUGUUCGCCUAGUUCCAGUGAGGAAGGCAAGGCGGCAACCAAAGAGGAACCAAAGAAAAACCCGUAUUCGAUAGAGGAAAUUUUAAAGAAACCCAGUAAACAAUUGAAGUCGAUCAGUCCUGUGAGUUGCGCGAGUUUUUGUCAGCCUCUCGGAGCUUUGGUGAGGACGGACGAGUGUGAGGAGGAGUGCGGAAAGGAGGAGAAGAUUGAUGUCGAAGUAGAAUGAGUUAAUUAAUAAUAAUAAUUGGAAGAUGUGGUUUAUAGAUUAAUUAAGGGUUUUGAUACGAUAAUGGCGUUUAUAUUUAUAAGAUUUAGUAGAAGUUUUGUUUUUAAACUUUUAUAAUAUAUGCUUAUUGGUACGGUAAGACUAGUACUGUAUGGUAAAAUAAUAGGCUUUUUACUGAAUUUUAUUGUCUAUGGUCUGAUUAUUUUUUAAACAUGUAAUAUUUACUAAAUCGUCCGGUGAUAGAAACUGUGUCAUAUUUAGACCAAAAUGGGCAC